CACGGUCGGUCUAUCGGUCGACGUUGGUCCCAUUCCGGCAGGCAAUGUCACCGUGAUUCCUAUUAUCGGGGGCGCUGUGCUGGGGCCCAAACUAUCUGGUGUGCUUUUUCCCAUUCAUUCUUCAAAAUUUGAGAUGUCCCGACAAUAGUAUGAAACUUACUAGAUUUGCGUAUACUUACACGUGUUGAAGGCAAAAUGCUGGCCCUCGGCGCAGACUGGGCGCUGUCAACACCGCAAGGGGCUUUUUAUUCCGACAUACGCGCCCAGAUCCGCACCAUGGACAAUGUGAAUAUUUAUGUCCAGAUGGCGGGUCUCAUGGAGGGGACAAAUGGCACGAUCCACGUGCGAACGACAUUCCAAACAGGGAGCAAGAACUACGCGUGGCUCAACACGGCCUUUGCUUUCGGCACCAUGCGCGCGUCCAGCACUGGUUUUGUCGUUGACAUGUGGCAUUUGACCACGGGUUGAUACCCUUUCAUUUUCGUCAAUUGGGCCACAGACCACUGAGAACUCAACGGUUGGGAUGGACCGGAUGGUAAAGGCCUAAAGGGAAGGCACUCGGGUUCAGGGUUCAAGAUCAUAUCAAUCUUCCACAGUUCCACUAGUGGUGCAAAUACUUUCUACCUUAAUCACAAUGCGGUUUUCAAGUAACUUAGACUGAUUACGAAAAUGUAACAUCUUAGUCUUCUCUGUAUCGUUUCUCCCUGAAGUUCGUGCGUUUUCUGAGUCAGGAGCCAGACUACUGUACAGUUUCCAAGAGUCAUGAGCCAACCGAACCUUAGUCCGCCU